AUGGCCUCACCAGAAGAAAUCGCAGGGAAAUGGCUUCUCAACCUCUGCAGUCGAAAACCUUCCGCAGAAAGAGAUGAAAUUCUCACUGAUCUCGAAAACAUAAAAUUCGACGAGUUCUACACUCUGUAUAGUCAAUCGUCUGUUUUUAAAACGUACUGGGUCGAAGCCGUGCGUAAAUGCCUUGCCAAAGAGCUGAGGGUGGAAUAUCCACUGGCGCGUGCGCUUCUGGAGAAGGAUGACUCUGGGGACUUGUUCGUUGGGGAGAGGGAUUUGUUGCAGGUUGCGAUCAAGAGGGCAAAGAUUGAGCCGGGAUAUCUGGGCGAGGACCCGAAAAAGUCGAAUCCUGAGCUAUUGGAGAUGGUCAAGUUGCUCAUGGAUCACGGGGCAGCGGUGAAUUGCUUCGAUGAUGAGGGGUACUCACCGCUUGUCUAUACCUGUAUACUGGGGUAUGAAGAGCUCUUCCGCUAUUUGGUCGAGGCUGGAGCGGACAUUUCGACAGUCCAACAACGCAGGUCUCCAGAGCAUCUUGCCAAGAUCCGAAAGGCCGCUAAGGAUAGAGAUACCGUGGAAGAUGUGCCCAAGGAGCACGUCAAUCUUCUUCAAGUCACCCUUGACGCUCUGAUCUCACCUCAGGAGAUAGUCGACAUGACGUGGGUUAGCUGGCCGCCUGGCGUGAACUUUGACGUGCCGUUAUGGGAUCUUCAUAUCGAAGCUACCUGGGGCGCUAUCAUGAUGUAUCUCUUGGAGGAGGGGCUUUCGUGUCCCAAAGACGACGCGGGGCUUGUGAUGAUGCUUCAUAUUGCCUGUCGCAAAGGAGCGCUGGUUGUUGUAAAGAAGCUGCUGGCUUAUAGUGCUGCUGCUGAUGUGGCUGGACCCAGGAUGGUUGAUGGAGGGCAAGGCGAGGGAUCGACUUUCGGAACGGCGAUGCAUGCUGCAGCCGCAGGCCGUAACAUCGAUAUCGCUUUGGCUCUCAUCAAACACGGUGAAAGUGCCAGCUGCCGUCGACGCUGUAUUUUCAACCGCGGAGGUUCCAACGGGGAUAUGACACCUAUCGAAGUCGCGAUAGCAGGAGACCCUUAUGGAAAUGAUGAUGAUGACCUCCUCGAGUUUCUUGAAGCCUUCAUGGAACGCGCGAGCGAUCUCGAAAGUUCUGACUACCAGGCCGUGCUGGGAUACUGCGCCCAGAAUAAUAAGCUUAAAGCAGCAAAACGGCUGCUUGACACAGGGACACGACUCGAAGAAGUGCCAACCUCGGUGUCGAGUGUUGAUAUGGCAAAGUUGCUAGUUUCUCAUGACAUCAAACUUGACCCAGUGGCCUUGCAGGAGAGAGCACUGAAGAGAGGACGGUUGAGUCUCUUGCGCUGGUGCGUUGGUGAGUAUGGUGCCAAGUUACCUGAUGAUCCGAAUUCCUGGGGGGAGAUGGCGACGUGGCUUCUCUCAUCUGGUAACAUGUACCUUGACCAAACCAAAUACCUCAUCACCGCGUAUCCGGGUCCGCAUAUCGACAUGGUUCUUACCUCAAGACGAAGUCUCCACCGUAAGAAUCUUCAGGCAAAAAAGACCAGUUGGCUUCAUACCGCUAUCAUCAAGCAUAACCUGCCGGUUAUCAAGAUGCUGUUGGAGGCGGGGGCUGAUGUUACGUUACCUGGGUUAUAUGCUGAUGCACGCACUGUGAUAAGGAAAGGUGGCCGAGGGUCAUUUCGAUGUAUUGAUGAGUGGCUGGAGAUUGUCGGAAUGGUGGAGAGGAAGAUAUCUGGUCAUCAGGGGUGGGCCUUGCCGUCGUAUACUGAGGUGAGGAACCGCAUUGCGCAGACGGUGGCGGUUGAGAGACAAGCUUGGGAUCAGAAAAUUGAGAGUAUGGUCAAAAGCAGACAGGAGGUCCCUUACGCAACUCUGGAGAAGGUAGAUAACCCAGUGCCAUCUUCUCCUUUGGGAAUUGCGUCCUCGACAGAUUUGUAUCAGCCUCUCGGUGGAAGCAGUUCCUUUCGGCUUCUUGAACUGCUUCCAUCAAGCAAACGGACAGGCCCUCUUGCCGGACGCUUAGUAGACAGCGACAUCACUUUCCAACCCGACUACGAAGCUCUUUCCUACGUCUGGGGAGACAUAACACCCGUCAAUUAUAUCACCCUAGACGAUCAGGAUGUCUUGAUCACACCGAACCUCCACUCAGCGCUCAUUCAUCUUCGCUCUCCUGACACCAUCCGGACACUCUGGGUCGACGCCCUAUGCAUCAACCAAUCCGUUCACGGCGAACGAAACCAACAAGUCCGAAUCAUGGGCGACAUCUACAAAUCAGCCCGUCAAGUCGUAGUAUGGCUCGGCGACGCAGCUGAUGACUCUCACGUCGUAUUCCAACAUCUUAACGACGACAAUAUCCCCGACUCGUUCCACGAAGAUUCGCCUCCACCAGAAGAUAAACGCCGUGCUUGGUGCGCCCUUGUCAAAAGACCUUGGUUCUUCCGCACAUGGGUGAUUCAAGAGAUAGCCCUUGCGAAAGGAGCGGUCAUGAUGUGUGGAGAAGAAGCGACACCGUGGAGGAACAUGGAGGCUGGUUGGAAGCCUGACUUUUCGGGUGGUGCUAAGGGGCUAUCAACUUCGCGUAGCGGUGGGGGUGAUCAUCCGCUCAAGGGGUUUGAUCCAGAUAGUCAUGUUUGGAGUCUGAGGAUGCUUGGGGUUGGGAGUGAUCCGAUGAGCGUUCUGAGGUACAGCCGGGUUUGUCAAACUACGGAGAUUCGAGAUAGAAUCUACGGUAUCUUGGGUUUGUUCGAACCGGGGUUCAUACCAGUUGACUACGACCUUCCCGUGGAAGAUAUCUUCAGACAGUUCACAGAAGCUGUCAUCAAACUCACCAAAGAUCUUCGUAUCCUUGAAAUUGUCGGUGCAAAGCGCAGUUAUCCAAACCUUCCGUCUUGGGUCCCAGACUUCACGGAUACUUCAACCAAGAGUCUUCCUGAGCGGAAUUGGUACGCACCAUACCGAAAAGAUGCGGAGGAGAAUUACGAUGUUCGGUGUGCAGACGGAACGCAGCUUAGCUUUUCCAGGGAACUUCUUGGGACUGAGUAUCUCCCAGGCUUGAAGUUCUCGGAACAUGGCACUCUGACAAUCAGGGGAAAGAUGGUUGAUACGAUUCGGGAGGUUGGGCCGGAGCUUGAAGCUGGUGUUGGUCAUGCACCGGGAACUACAGGCUUCGGAAUGGUAAUGAAGGAGUGGGAGACUCUUGCUAUCAAACUAGUUCCGGAGUGGAAGGAUUCGAAGUCUUCAUUGAGCAAGGCCUUUGCAAGGACACUGAUAGCAACUCAUGGCUCUGAGCUCUUUGGCACCGGCGUGGGCUUCACGCAAUGGUAUCGACACUGCGGUGCGGGUAUUCUUGAACCAGCAGAUCCAUCAAUGUUUCUUCGAGACCACGAAUUCUAUCUCUGGUGGUUAAGCGUCGGCAAGGACUCGGAAGAAAAUGACCCCGAAACGAGUUCUGAAGAACAGUCCGAUGAAGAGCCCGAGAUUAUUGGGUAUAAUCUCAGAGAGUUCUCCAAAAAGUUCACUUUUGCGAGUUAUGGUCGAUGUCUCUUCACUAGUCAGAAGGGAUCGUUGGGACUAGCAAGUCCGAGAGCUAAAGCGGGAGAUAGGGUCGUUUACUUCCCUGGGUCGACUGAGCCGUUGCUAUUGAGGAAGAGGGAGGAAGAAGGGUGGGUGUUGGUGGGUGAAUGUUAUUUGUAUGGGCUUGACUUGGACAUGUUGUUUCAUGACGCGGAGCAUCUGGUUGAGGAUUUUGAGGUAUACUGA